AUGUCUUAUGUUUUCGAUGGUGUCAAGAGAAAGACGAGUAAUGGCGAGUACUACUAUCUCGACGAUGACAUGCCAACUGUUCGGGUGCCCAUCUCCAGCAACUGUCAUGGAGAUAGGCCUAUGAAACCUGAAGAGCUCAACAAUGUGUUCGGUGUCCGCGAAGAAACCAUGCCCAGUCUUCCAGGCUAUUUUACAGUCCCCGAUCUCUAUCAUAAAUGGGGUGGUAAAUAUGGCAGAGACAAAGGUUCCUCCGACUGGUACUAUAUUGAGGGAGACAUGGUUGUCUACAGACCCAUUGAAUGGGUUCCGUCUGUUGUGAGAAUCAAGACGAUCCCUAAAAACGAAUUACAGACGACAAUCACAAAGGAAGAGGUGGUGGACACCACGAUCAAGCUGUAUGCAAGAGCAGAUUUGUCAAUCGAACUCUCAGCUGGUGGUAGUGGGUUGGGAAUGGCGGCCAAAGCCACGGCAACGGCAGAGAUUGGUGCCGAGUUCGAGACAAAGUCGUCCAAAACAGAUAUAAGGAAGCAGGAAGGCAAGCUUGGCGGAACAGCCAUGAACGAACUCGCAGUGGGAAUGCUGCUCAAGGUCGAAGAGGUCUAUCGCCGCAGCAUCUAUGUCUGGGUUGACGAUCGCAAGAAAGGUGACUCGAUGGGUUGGGGUGGCGGCCCUGGGUGGUACGAAAUCAACGUCAAAGACAAACAUCUCAGGAGUGUGCAAAAGCUCCAAUUCUACAAUAUUCGCACGCCUGGAGGCGGGUCCACCCAGCAUCUCUACAUACAGACCCUUCCUGUUUUUGACGAGAACAAGAAACUGAAGGACUUGCACAUUGCUCUUAGCAAUGCGACCUGGGAAGACUGGUAUGCCUAUGUUGUUGGAAAAAAGGGACCGAGUCAAGGAACAAAGCUUCUAGCCUACCGCGGGUUUCACCCAACGAUUACGAUCAUGCCAGCUUAA